GGCCGCCCGCCUGCGCGCCUACAAGGCCGCCUGUCCCAGCAUUCCCAGGGUGACCAAGAUGGCGGCGCCCGGCGAAGGUCGGCGUUUCUCGCCCGCCAGCUUCUUCUCCUUCCUGCCGGGUGGCGCGCGGUCACACGAACCCAAGGAGGAGGCGUCGACGGAGACGGCUAGUACCGUCGGGGAAGCCGCCGCCCGAAAGCGGCCCUGCCGGGCCUGCGUCGACUUCAAGACGUGGAUGAAAGCGCAGCAGGCGCGGGAGAAUUCGGAAAGCGAGACCCAGGUCGCGUUAGAAAACAAGUUGCCAGCUGAUUGCCCUCUGGAUCGGGAGGAGCUGGGGCGAAACAGUUGGGCUUUCUUACACACAAUGGCUGCGUAUUAUCCAGACUGCCCUACCCUAGACCAGCAGGAAGAAAUGGCCCAGUUUAUACAUCUAUUUUCCAAGUUUUUCCCAUGUGAUGAGUGUGCUGAAGAUAUAAGGAGAAGGUUGAGCAGAAACCAGCCAGAUACCAGCAGUCGGAACAGGUUCACCCAGUGGCUCUGCCGCCUACACAACGAGGUGAACUUGAAGCUAGGGAAGCCUGCAUUUGACUGUGCUCGUGUGGAUGAGCGAUGGCGGGAUGGCUGGAAGGACGGCUCUUGUGAUUAGAGGGGCAGGCCCCCAAGGGGAGGAAGGCAUAAACCAGACUGUGGCUUCCUCCCUCAGGACUUGCUCAAUGUGAGAUUAUUAAAGGGCAACGCAUGGCGUGUUGCUGUCAGUGCCUUGGCUGACGAUGUCUGUGAGCUUCGUGGGCUGACAGGUUUCUGAGGAACCUCAUUCCCCAACUUACUUCCUCCUUUUUGAUUCAGGAAUGAACCAGUCCUUUGUUUCCCAUCUCUACUGAGUCUGGUCUUUUGCUGCCAAUGGUCAGUGGCAGCCCAUACCCAGGGGCCUGGCUGGGAUUUGUGAUAACUUUCUACUAAGCAGAGCCUCUUUCCUCAAAGCUCAGCCCUCUCCUGUCCACCUCUGAUAGGGGACACUACAGGUAUCUAUGACCUUUUUGUCCUUGUCUUCCUUCCAUGUCUGUAGCGGGAUCCUGAAGGGCCUGGGGCUCUGAGUCAGGAUGAGUAUGGCUGGCCAGAAUCCUCAUCAAAGCCCUUUGCUGCCAGCCUCUGUAAGUGAAUUCCCUGGCUGAGCUCACAGACAGCCUUCCUCAGUCUUUGUGUAUCCACAACACAGGAUGAUCUUAGGAGGGGCAUGGAGCCUGGCCUGAGAUACAACUCUCUUGUAGUUUGCUUUUUUUGGAGAGAAACCUCAGGUGAAAAUGUCUCCAUUCUGGUUUUUUUUUCCUCCUUAAACCAUUUCAAGUUUUUCAUGUCACGAUUCUCCUAAUGUGGUUCUCAUUGCCUGCAGAGAGUCUGGCUGUCAUGGAGCUGAAUAUGAUUUAUUUUCUGUAACAUGAUUAAGGUCUUUGUGGUUUGUAUGGGCUGGUGGGUGCCAGGCUCAAUUCAGAUGUGCCCCAGGGCAAUCUCUCUGUGGUAGAGUCAAGAAUAAACUCUAAAGUUGCUCUGAUUGCGGCUUUUGAAGCUACUGAUAUGUUAUAUGACAGCCUGGAUUGAGAGCUUUUUGCAGGGGGAACACACAUCAAGUUCCUUCUUGGUCUGCAGACAUCUAUAUAUGGGGGGCAUAUAGAUUUUAGAUCAGUCUGGUAGUAGGGUCCUCGUUAAUAGGCGUUACCCUGAACAAUUGUUCCCCAGGAAUUGUCUGUUCCCUUAAGACUGCUGCUGUUAUUCAUCACAGGAACUUUAGUAUUCCAUAAUUGUUUGGCUUCCCAGUCCUGGCAAAGCCAGUCUGGUAAGGUCCUGAGUUUGCCAGAGUGGGGGGGAGUGGGGGGGGGACGACGAUGACUUUGGUGAGUGUAGGACUGCCUCAGGCAGCAAGGGAUCAUUGAUCCCAGCCCCAGCUGAAUGCCUGAGAUCUGAGAAAUUAGCAGGGUAUUAUCUCAUGCCCUUCAAUCUGCUGUCAUCUCUGUUGACUAAAGAAUAAAUCAAAUGCUUUAUUCUCUUUAGUUCAGCCUGAA